AUGGGCUGGGGACCAGGGGUGGUCAGGACCCAGGUUACAGUAUUCCCACCUUGGGGCCAGAGACCAGGGUGUGAGGGACAGAGGAGGGAAUGGGCUGGGCUCUCACUUGCCUUUCCUCUGGAAGGGCCCAGAGAAGAGGAUGAUGAUGAUGAUUAUGAGAACACGGCACCACCGUACAAGGACCUUCCUCCCAAGCCAGGUUGGACGGCUCCACCAAGGCCUCCAAGGGCAGGAAAGAAAACAGAGAACCCCCCACUUCCCUGCAAGCUCCUGAAGAACACAGGCCUGAACCUCACCCCUGUCACCUGCACAACUCCUCAACUGGGCACUGAUCUUGUACAUCCUCCAUCCCAGCUGCCUAUAGCCACCACUCCAGUGCCCUGGAUCAGUCAGAAGUCCGGAGGUCUUAGGUGUUACCAGGAGGAGAGACUGAUGGUGUACGUGUGUCUGCUGGUGGUGGUGUCACUGCUCAUGGGCUGCACUGGUCUGGCUGUUACCCUGAUUAAAUACCGGGAGGUGGUGGAAGAGCUGAGGAUGUUAACCUUUCAGCAGAUGGCAUGGCGAGCAAAUGUGACUGGCAUGGCGGGGCUAGCCGGCCUGAAGAAGGACAUUGAACGAGUAAGAGCUGACACCAACCAGUCCCUGCUGGAACUUCGGGGCUUAUUAGACUGUACCAGGGUCACCUGCCCUGAGGGCUGGCUCCCUUUUCAGGGUAAGUGUUACUACUUCUCUCCAAGCACCAAGUCAUGGGAUGAAGCCAGGAAGUUCUGCCAGGAGAAUUACUCUCACUUGGUCAUCAUCAGUAACUUUGCUGAGCAGAACUUUGUGGCCAAGGCUCAUGGCUCUCCUCGGGUAUACUGGUUGGGGCUGAACGACAAAAACCGUGAAGGGGACUGGAGGUGGCUGGAUGGGUCACCCAUCACUUUCAGCUUUUGGGACCCACAGGAACCCAACAACCUCCAUGAUGAGGACUGUGCCAGCAUGAACAAAGGUGGCACCUGGAAUGACCUCUCUUGCGACAAAACUACAUAUUGGAUUUGUGAGCGGAAAUGUUCCUGUUGA